GCGAACGGUUGGUGCUGAGGCAGAGAGGAAUCUGCGCGCGGUCAACUCUGGCUCUGAUUUCCACUUCAUAAAGGUGUGUGAAACCUUCAAGGUUAGAAGUGCAAUGGCGUCCUCUGGAGAGUUUCAGGUUAAGGAACUGGACAAGCGUGCCUCAGGACAGGCUUUUGAAGUCAUCCUGAGUCCCACGGCUCCAGAUGCCAAGGGAGAAUUCCCACUUUCUACCCCCAAGAAGAAGGAGGUAUCUCUGGAUGAGAUCCAGAAAAAGCUGGAUGCAGCAGAGGAGAGACGCAAGAACCACGAGGCAGAGGUCCUGAAGCAUUUGGCUGAGAAACGAGAGCAUGAAAAGGAGGUCCUUCAGAAAGCAAUGGAGGAGAACAACAACUUCAGCAAGAUGGCAGAGGAGAAGCUCAACCAGAAAAUGGAAGCCAACAAAGAAAACCGCACAGCACGCAUGGCAGCUAUGAACGAGAAAUUCAAAGAGAAGGACAAGAAGCUUGAAGAGGUACGAAAGAACAAAGAAACAAAAGAGGGGGGCGAGGAUGAAAACUAAGUUUCCUCUCUCAUUUUCCUUUUCAUUUAGGGUAUAGUGUUGGGUUUUUUAAUGUAUCCAAAGAUUUAUUUUUUGUUCCAUUAAAUGGCCUGUUUUCCAUGUUUGGAUCCAUGUACUUGCCACUUUUUUAUUAAGGGGUUUUGGGGGAAAGCUGGUCCACAACAUUUCAUCACCGUGUGUAUUCAGUUGUGUCUUUUAUCAUCCCCUCUAACCGGUAGAUUUGUCUAGUUGCAGCUCUAUAGCAUUUAAAAUGAGCAGUGUUUUACUGAUAGGGAUGCAUGCCUGUGUUAUGCAUAGGUCUAAUAUAUACUUGGUAUAUUGCAUUGUGCACCUGUUCCCUUGUAUGUCAGUACUGCCAUCCUUUGAGCUUAAUAAAGUUGCACAGUUGUUUGUUAUGGUACCAGUUUUGCCACUGCCUCUUUGUUGAUCUGCAGUCAGCCAGAAUGUAAUGUGGAGUAAAAUAACUUCAUAAAAUUUGUACAUUGUGGAGAUAAAUGGCAGUUUCUGUAAUUCUAUAUAGAAAAAAAAAAUGAUUUUGCCCAAAUAAUAAUUUAAUCUUCUGGGAUACGUUUUGAUGUAUUUUUUGUAAUCUGCAUGAGAUUUUUCAUGUUAAUACUAAACAUUAUCCACAAGCAUUUCCUUCACUAGAUCAUAAAUCAUACCUAAUAUGUGUUAAUGAAAAAAAAAAAAAUUAAAUGUUUCCUACUUGGAAAGGUACAAGUUAAAAAGAAAAUCUGACAAUAAAAAUCUUAUUGUAACACUUGCACACAUGAACUUACAAUGAACGGCACUUCUACACCAUUUAUUAACCUUUGUUAGUGUUAAUUUCAACAUUUACUAAUAUAUUAUUAAAAUCAACAGUUGUAUUUUCUUAACAUUAAUUAAUGCACUGUGAAGUAACAUGAACAAAGAAUCACGCUGUUAACUGAUGUUAACAAAUAAAGUAUUGUUCAUGUUAGUCAAUGAUCAGUAAAUACUAACUAAUGUUAAAUGAAACCUUAUUUUAGUGUUACCAGAAAAUCUAAUAAAAUACGUCGCUUGAGACUGUUUUUGAACUAUACUGACAUCUAGUGGUUUGAGUUUGUCAAACAGGUAUUGGAAAAGGUUUUUGUGAAAAAUCUCAAAAUUAUUUCAGAAAAAAAUUACGUAAUCAAUUAUGGAUUUAUUUAUUUUUUUGUUCAAAAUAGAGUUGCUUGCAUGAAAAUGUAUUGCUUUGCAAUGACGAAUGGUUUGUUGUCCACAUGCUGUCACGUUAUUAUGUGUUAAGAUUAGAAGUAGUGCAUCAAUCUUUUCUAAAAUUAAUUAUACCUUAUUUCCAAAUCCAAACUCACUUAGUAGAUCAGUCCAAAAAAAAAAAAAAA